GUGGAGGCGGCGGCGGCGGCGAGGAAAGGUGGCCGCGUGCGAUGCAGGGGGCGCGGCACGUCGUGUGCGCCGUGUCAGGCGGGGUGGACAGCGCCGUGGCCGCGCUGCUGCUGAGGCGGAGAGGCUACCAGGUGACAGGGGUGUUUAUGAAGAACUGGGACUCGCUGGAUGAGCAUGGAGUUUGCACGGCUGACAAAGACUGCGAAGAUGCUUACAGAGUUUGCCAAAUCCUAGACAUCCCCUUCCAUCAAGUGUCCUACGUGAAGGAGUAUUGGAAUGAUGUGUUCAGUGAUUUUUUAAAUGAAUAUGAAAAAGGAAGAACUCCCAAUCCUGACAUAGUCUGCAACAAGCAUAUCAAAUUCAGUUGUUUUUUUAAUUAUGCUGUGGAUAAUCUUGGAGCAGAUGCAGUCGCUACGGGUCACUAUGCAAGAACGUCCCUGGAAGAUGAAGAGGUCUUUCAGCAGAAGCACGUUAGGAGGCCAGAAGGGCUUUUCAGAAAUCGAUUUGAAAUUAGAAAUGUGGUAAAACUUCUCCAAGCAGCUGACAGCUUUAAAGACCAGACCUUCUUUCUCAGCCAGGUUUCCCAGGAUGCCCUGAGGAGAACCCUCUUCCCCCUGGGGGGAUUAACGAAAGAUUUUGUAAAGAAAAUAGCUGCUGAGAAUAGACUUCAUCAUGUGCUUCAGAAAAAAGAGAGCAUGGGCAUCUGUUUCGUUGGUAAAAGAAAUUUUGAAAAUUUCAUCCUUCAGUAUUUACAGCCUCGACCUGGUAAAUUUAUUUCUAUAGAAGACAAUAAAGUUCUGGGAACGCAUAAAGGUUGGUUCCUGUAUACUUUGGGCCAGAGAGCCAAAAUAGGUGGCUUACGGGAGCCCUGGUACGUGGUGGAGAAGGAUGGCACCAGGGGCGACGUGCUCGUGGCCCCCCGGACAGACCACCCGGCCCUGUACAGGGACCUGCUGCGGACCGGCCGCGUGCACUGGGUGGCUGAGGAGCCGCCCGCAGCCCUGGUCCGCGACAAGAUGAUGGAGUGCCACUUCCGAUUCCGCCACCAGAUGGCGCUAGGGGCCCAAGGCCUGGGGCUGAGCACACGUGGCAAGGCCAGCGCCCCCUCCAAGGGUCCUUCUCUUCCCCCAGUGCCCUGCGUGCUGACCCUCAAUCAAGACGGCACUGUGUGGGUGACGGCCGUGAAGGCUGUGCGGGCUCUCGCCCUGGGACAGUUCGCUGUGUUCUACAAAGGGGAUGAGUGCCUGGGCAGUGGGAAGAUCCUGCGCCUGGGGCCAUCCGCCUACACACUCCAGAAGGGCAGGAGCAGACCCAAUAUGGCCGUGGAUGGCUCCAGCAACGGCCGGGGUGACAGCCCAGGCCGGGGGCCCACGCUCUGACAGAGGCCGAGUGGCGGCUGCGGAGCUCACGGAGGACACGUGGAGGAGCAGAGCCGGGGGCAGGGCCGCCGGGGGCGCGGCCACUGCUGCCCGCACCUGCCGCCCCAGUCCUGGCCGGGCCGGCCAAGCUUCCGGGCCGCUUCGGAGCCAGGGAGAGUCCCUCCUCUCUGCUCGCUGGCCGGCGGGUCUGUCCCAAGUGCCCCAUGGGUGCAGUUCCUCUUUCGCACCCUCUAGAGGGCUUCCCUUCCGGGGGCACGUGGAGGGGACCUGUGGGGGGGCAUGGAUGGACUGCAGGG